CGGGCUCCCGCGAGAUUUGGCGGCAACACCCGAAGCGGCCGCGCUAAUCUCGCGAGAUGAAGAGGAGGAAGCCACGCUGGCCUGGGUCGCUCCUUUUGGUCCCGUAGGAUUGAAGCGCUGCUGAAGGGAGAGAAGGGCGGCCCAUACGAACUGGCAGCCAUGGCAUCCUUCACUUGCAUCACCUGCCGCGUGUCUUUCAAGGACGCUGAGGUUCAGCGCGCGCACUACAAGACCGACUGGCACAGGUAUAACCUGAAGCGGAAAGUGGCCGAGAUGCCUCCUGUUACUGCUGAGAACUUCCAGGAGAGGGUCCUGGCCCAGCGAGCGAGUCUGGAGGAGCAAAGCAAGGCCACCGCUACUUACUGCACAGCUUGCAGCAAGAGAUUCUCCAACUUCAAUGCUUACGAGAACCACCUGAAAUCCAAGAAGCAUUUGGAGCUUGAAAAGAAAGCUGUCCAAGCUGUUAGCAAGAAGGUGGAACUCUUGAAUGAGAAGAACCUGGAGAAAGGCCUUGCCGAAGAGAACAUCGACAAAGACGCCAUGAACACGGCUAUUCAGCAAGCCAUCAGAGCACAGCCAUCUUCAUCUCCGAAGAAAGUUGCCACGUUGCCUGGUACCACCCCGGCUUCGUCUGUUGCUGUGGAAAGUAACAGUUCCGUACGGAGAAAAGAGCAUGCAGAAAAGCCUCCCCGGCUACAGUGGUUUGAACAGCAGGCCAAGAAGUUGACAAAAGAGGAUGAAGGGGAGGAGGAGGAUAUGGAGGAAGGCUGGGAAGAUGUAGACUCUGAUGAAGAGUUAGACUCUGAAGAAGAGGAGACUGAAACAAUUCCAGAUGAAGCAGAAGCGGGAGCAUCUGAGCAAAAUCACCCUACUCCUGAUGCAAUCCCAGUAACAGACUGCUUAUUCUGUUCUCACCAUUCAAGCUCUCUCAUGAAGAAUGUGGCUCACAUGACAAAAGUCCACAGUUUUUUUAUUCCAGAUAUAGAAUAUCUUGUAGAUCUCAGAGGACUGAUAAAGUACUUGGGAGAGAAGGUUGGAGUUGGGAAGGUCUGCCUAUGGUGCAAUGAGAAGGGAAAAUCCUUUUACACAACAGAGGCUGUGCAAGCGCACAUGAAUGACAAAAGCCACUGCAAACUCUUUACAGAGGGGGAUGCUGCUCUGGAAUUUGCAGACUUCUAUGAUUUCAGAAGCACUUACCCUGACUAUCAGGAAGGUGAAGAUGUAGAGAUGCCUGAUGAACUGCCAUCAGAGAAGAACUUGGAAUAUGAUGAUGAAUCUAUGGAGUUGAUUUUACCUUCUGGUGCUAGGAUUGGUCACCGUUCCUUGAUGAGAUAUUACAAGCAGCGGUUUGGUUCCUCAAGAGCUGUUGCAGUUUCAAAAAAUAAACAGGCGGUGGGCAGAGUGUUGCAACAGUACAGAGCUCUUGGCUGGACAAACAGCACCGGGGCAGCACUGGCUCACGAACGUGACAUGCAGUAUCUCCAGAGGAUGAAAGCAAAGUGGAUGCUGAAGACUAGCAUGCAGAAUAAUGCCACCAAGCAAAUGCACUUCCGCAUGCAAGUCAGGUUCUGAGAGAACCUAAUGAGAAUGCAUCAAAGCAUGAGCUUGCCUUUUUCUUUUGGCAAGAGAAUGGACAACAAAACUGUGAUACUGAAGAGGAGACUCAUACCUUACUAGUGGCUGCACAUAUGGUGCUAUUUCAAAAUCUUUUCAAAGUUCAAUCAAAUGUCACUUGUCAGACUUCAAACCAAUAAAAUGGCUUUACAUCAAAAACGUAUUGCUGGAUAAUCAUGGAUACAGCUUCUCAAGUAUGUAGCAUGUAAUUUACUGUGUAAAGCAAGGAUAGAAAUUGUGUGGCCCUCCAGAUAUUUUUGGACUGCAGCUUUGAUUAGUCCUAGCUGGCAUAGUCAUUGGUGAGGAAUGCUGAAGUUGGAGUCUCAACCACAUCUGAAAGUCUAUCCAGUUCCCACUCCUACAAUAAGGCUACAUUUUUAGUAUUUGCAUGGCACUGCAAACACUUCCAAAUUCUUCACAUACGCUAAAGCUUUUUUUUGGUACGUAGAUAGUGUUUGUUUUUGUUGUGUGCCUUCAAGUCGUUUCCAAGAACACGCCAUGCUAGGGUACCCAUAAAUCAGAAAGGCCAACCCUAUCACAGGGUUUUCUUGGCAAGAUUUGUUCAGAGAGAGGUUUGCUUUUGCCUUCCUCUGAGGUUGAGAGAAUGUGACUUGUCCAAGGUCACCCAGCAGUAUUCCCCCAUAUUUCAGAGAGAGUUGCUGCAGAGAUAGGAAUUUGCAUAAAGCCACCUAUCUGCAAGUUUACCUAGAAGAAUUUUGAACUUUCCAACUCAGCUACUUGUGUUCAAUGCUAAAUCAAUUGUCUCUAUUAGUGAACAGUAUGUGAAGGAGACUUUUCAAUAGAUUAAUGGAUAUAGGACCUAUGAUACAGGUUCCUUAGUGGGAUCGGGCUAGAUAUCUACUGAUUCCUGACUUCCAAAUGUAGAUCUUUCAGUAGUGAUAAUGCUUCAGUGUUAACUUAGUGUAAGACCCAUCAAUAUCAAGUAAUAUAUAAAAAUGAAAAACAAGAUGUUACUGUGGCCACUCUCAGCAGCCAGUAAUGUCACUGGUAACCACCUUGAAACCAUGUUUUGUAUCCAUAAACCAUGUGGACAAAGCUCAUCUGUUUUAAGUUAAUGGUACCCUGUGAGACACCAAGGUGGCAAACAUGUUUUCCUCACUGGUCAUGUUGAUUUUCUUUUCUGUCAACUUUCUUGUAAGCAUGUGUUUCCACUAAUGCUAUAGCCUUGCAGCCAUAUCCUAAAGUGCAUCUAAGGUCAUUCUUGUUGUGUCAUUGCUUGCAGUUUCCCUUCUGUUGUUCUAAUACUAUGCAGCAGAGUUGAGAUUCAGACAUUUGAUCGGAGUAGGGUAGCCUUUAGAUGGUUAACUGAUGUAUGCAAACUCACCUGACUCACUUAAAAUACUCCAAAUAUGCCACUUCACUCACUGGAAGAUCCUGCACAAUGCUCACUGAUAAUACUAUUGAACAGAAGCAGGCAUCUUGGAGGAGCAGUUUGCAAUUGAUAACAGAUCUGGCAUCAUAAAAAGUGACCUUUCUAACUGUCACAUCAUUGUGCAUACAAUUAACAUUUGUCACACUCAAAAUCGUACCUCUCAACAGGAUGAAAACAAGGAGGAAGCAAAUGAGUAACAGAUGAACACAAUGCUGGGUCAUCAUCUU